AGCAUCGAUAUCAUACGACCACUCCUCCCCACUUUCGUUACCGACCAAUCCAUCCACAUUCAAGAUGAAGUACUCAUACGCCGCCCUCGCGCUCUCGGCUGUUGCCUUUGCUGCCCCAGCUCCCUCCGUCGUGGAGGACUGUGACGAGACCGUCCCAGCCGUCCAGCACCCAGCCGUCCAGCACCCGGCCUACCAAGCACCUCCUGUCGCGCUUCCAUCCCCGAUCCCAUCCAACGAUGCCAACUGCCCCAAGGUUGAGUGCCCAGCUGGCGGUGACAAGAAGGCCGCCAACUUCCCCAUCAAGUUCACCUCCACCUUCAGUAUCGUCGCCACCCCCGAUCAAGUCGUGAACAGCACCAACGUCCCCACGGGCGGUCUGGAGGGCGCCGUCGGCUACUACGACUUCGGCCUCAACUCCGACCUCAACCUGAUCUGCUACAACAUCACCCUCGUGGGCGUGACCGGAGCCUACCAAUCGCCCGCCGACACCGCCACCCACAUCCACCAGAGCGCUCUCGGCCGCUCCGGCCCACCCAGAAUCGCUUUCCCCAACCCAACCAUCGUUGAGGGCUCCAACAUUCGCCAGAGCGUUGGCUGCUUGAGCGGACCGUUCGUCACUGGUAUUGAGGCCGCUGACAACGUCACGGACACCGGCUCGGCUUCCGGAUUCACCAUUGCCGCCAUCGAGGCCAACCCAUCUGCGUUCAACGCCGAUGUGCACACUGCUGAUGCCGUCCCUGGUGCUGUCCGUGGCCAGUUCGGUGCUCCUCUCUCUUACUAGAGGAUGAUGAUGGAAGGGGUGUGAGGGAGGAAGUGUGCAGCAUUGAGGGAGAUGGAUGGACGACGACGACCUUUUUUAAUUUCUAAUGUCUCUUGGGUUAUAAAUAUUUCGUAUGGGCAUUUUACCUUUUAUUGAUCAUGAACGAUCAAAAGGAACCAUC